GAAAAAGUGAAAUAGUUAAAACUGAAACUAAAAGUCCUUAUUUUAAUAGUUCCAUAAGUUCCAUAAAUGGAGAAAAUAAGAAUAACGCGCCAUUCAAGGACGCGUUAAAUAAAGAUAUAACCAAAGAUAUAUUUGAUACUUUACUGACAAAUAAAUCAGAAACAAAGUCAAAAAUUCGAGAUAUUACAUCGAUCAAACGAACAGGAAAAAUAUCCAAAUAUUUUAGAUCAAUCAAAAAGGGAUUUACAAAAAAUGCUAGUACUUACUCCGCUAAACAUAUCAAAUUUUCUGAAGAAGAAGCUUUUCUUUUCAUGAAUAACUUAUCCAAUAUAGACAUUGAUUUAAAAGUAGACUCAGAAGCAACAGAAGGAUCUAUUUCAGAGAUUGAAUAUCCUUCAGAAAAAGAUUUAAACUUCAAUUUUGAAGAAUCUAAAAGUGGUGGCGGUUCAAGACUUCCAACUAUGGAAGAAGCUAAAAAAGCUGCAUCAAUCGAAAUUAAUUAUGUUCCAAAAUUUAUUCCUAUGCCAUCUCCUUUUAAUCUUGUACAAGAAACUUUAUAUUAUGAUCCAUGGAAGUUAUUAAUAGCAACAAUGUUUUUAAAUCGUACAAGAGGUUCACAAGCAUUACCAAUAAUGUGGAAAUUUUUAGAAGAAUAUCCAACUCCACAAAAAGCUGUUUUAGCUGAUGUUCAUACAUUAGCUGAUUUAUUACGUCCAUUAGGACUACAAAAUUCAAGAGCCGAAAGAAUAAUAAAAUUUUCAUAUGCUUACUUGCUGAAUUCAAAUUUCAAAACUCCAAAAAAUUUAUUUGGUAUGGGUAAAUAUGCAGAAGAUAGUUGGAAAUUAUUCUGUGAAAAAGAUGAUAAUUGGAUGGAAGAAUAUGGUCUUGAACCCGAAGAUAAAAUUUUACAAUUGUAUGUUAAUUGGCGUAGACAUCAAUAUAAAAUUUCUAGAGUAAAGGAAGAAGAAAGAGAUUUAGGAUUGAAUUCACCUAAUAAUAUAGUAAAAAAAUAUGUAAGUGAAAACGAAAAUUAUCUUUCUUUACAGGAAUUAAACAAGUUAGAUACAUUACCAACAACUGACUUAUAAGGAUUCUUUAUUGGACGAUACUUAGUAUCAUUUUUUGCGUAAGAGUAACAAUACGCAAUAGUAUAAUUCGCCAUUUAUGUGGAAUAUGCAAGACUUAUAUAUACUGUUCAAUGAGGUUGAAAACUUAAUAUUUUCAUUUUUGAAUGUACAUUUUUUUUUUUGCCAUAUGAAUAAAAUAGUAAUAUUAUUAAUUGGAUUUUGUCAAAUAAAGUUGCAUUUAUCAU